CCAGUGAGUGAGAGCCCGGGCCGGGAAUGUAACAUGGCGCUGGCUGCUGGCGGCACCGAGCAUGUAGGACAAUAAAAGGCAGCGGCGCCCGGGGCAUAUGGAGAGCAGCCCCCCGUGCAUGCACCGAGGAGCACCGGGCCUUCCCUCCCUAGAGACGGCGUCAAAAUGUUGAUAGUCGAGAAGACCACGGACUACCCUUCCACGGAGUACUCUCUGGUGGAGGAUGUGGCGCUGCACUUCACGUGUUUGAUGGACAGGCUUAACGAGCAGCGCCUGUUCCAGCCGGACCUGUGCGACGUGGACAUUGUUCUGGUUCAGCAGAAGAGCACGUUUCCCGCUCACAAGGGCGUCCUCGCUGCCUACAGCCAGUUCUUUCACUCCCUCUUCACCCAGAACAAGCAGCUGCAGAGGGUCGAGCUGUCCCUCGAAGCGUUGACGUCUCGGGGCUUCCAGCAGAUCCUCAACUUCAUCUACACUUCCAAGCUGCUCGUCAACGGCUGCAACGUACAAGACGUGCUCAACGCCGCCGCGGUGUUACAAAUGAACGAGAUCGUCACGUCGUGUCAGGAGCUGAUCCACAGCAGGUCCUUGAACCUGUCGAUGGCCAAUGACGUCAUGGACGCAGAGGACAAUAGGAACGAUAAUACUAAUACGGCAAUGCCGCCGCAGUUCUAUCGGGAGAUCAAGCAGGAGGUGGACGCUCCCCCGACCAAAAUCUACGCGCGGGAGGGGAACGACCCGUACUCGGUGAGAGUGGAGGACAGCGUCAGCAAGGGCCAUCACGGCAACGAUGGGUCACCUAAGCAGUAUUUCAAAGACGAGGACAGGAGCGGGGCGAGGAUGUGUAAAAUAGAAGGGGCAGAGUCCGAGGAGGACAUGGACAACCAGGAAUCCUACAACAGGGAGCAGAUUAUCGUAGAGGUCAACUUAAACAAUCAGACGCUAAACGUCUCGAAAGGGACGGACGGUAAGUCAUCUUCCGAGCCAGUUACCGUCGUCGACCGGUCAGACGGCGACGACCGGGGCUCGGAAGGUGACGGCGACGAUGAAAACGAAGAGGAGGAAGGUGGGAUGGAGGAAGAGGAUGACUUCCUAGAUAUGUUGGAGGACGAGGAGGACGACAUCCUCCCAAGCGAAGAAGAUCUUGAAGAACCACAAGAGGAGGAGAAGGACAAUGACGACGAGGAUGGGGAUGAUGCAGCAGAGACGGCCAAAGAUGGAAGCUCCCUGGCCGAAGGGAGCAAAUCGCCAAGUGAAAACAAGUCCACAAAAAUAAGGAAAGGCGCAAAAGCGGCACGAAGUCAAAGAGGGUCGGGAGGCGGUGGAAGGAGGAGGAAGAAAGGACAGGAUGGGUUGGGGCAAAAGGGUAAAUUUGAGGAGAAACAGCACUUCCCCUGCAAGAAGUGCCCUAGAGUGUUCAACAAUAGGUGGUACCUGGAGAAGCAUAUGAACGUUACCCACAGCCGCAUGAGGAUUUGUGAUAAGUGCGGCAAGAGGUUCCUGCUUGAGAGCGAGCUGAUGCUUCACCACCAGACGGACUGUGAAAAGAACAUCCAAUGCCUGACGUGCGGGAAAACGUUUAAAAAGCUCUGGUCGCUGCACGAACACAACAAGAUCGUCCACGGCUACGCGGAGAAGAAGUUCUCCUGCGACAUCUGCGAGAAGAAGUUCUACACCAUGGCCCACGUCCGGAAACACCUGGUCGCUCACACCAAGGACAUGCCGUUCACGUGCGAAACCUGCGGGAAGUCCUUCAAGCGCAGCAUGUCUCUGAAGGUUCACUCGCUCCAGCACUCCGGGGAGAAACCGUUCAAGUGUGAGAACUGCCACGAGCGUUUCCAGUACAAAUACCAGCUCCGCUCCCACAUGAGCAUCCAUAUCGGCCACAAGCAGUUCAUGUGCCAGUGGUGCGGCAAGGAUUUCAACAUGAAACAGUAUUUUGAUGAACAUAUGAAGACCCAUACCGGUAAGGAAAGGGAGAAGCCUUUCAUCUGCGAAAUCUGCGGCAAGAGUUUCACCAGCCGGCCAAACAUGAAGCGCCAUCGCAGGACGCACACCGGCGAGAAGCCCUACCCCUGCAGCGUGUGCGGCCAGCGCUUCCGCUUCUCCAACAUGCUGAAGGCCCACAGGGAGAAGUGCUUCCAGGGGGGCAACCCGCCGACUCCAGGAAGCCCCGGCACGGUGGCCAGCCUCUCCUCCCAGAGCGGCAACUCGCCGGGCCAGUCGAGUCCAGGCCUGUCCCCCACCUUACCGCCGCACCCCAUGUCUCUGCCCCUCCUCCACUCGCUGGCGCACAACAUGCCUGCGCCGUCGCACCAUCUGCCGCCGCCUCCCCCGCUUUUCCCCGCCGGCCGCAUCAACAACAACUAGAUCGACCUAAGACUGGCCCGGAAACGUGGACGUGGCCCUCGCUGAGCGCCCCGGGGAGUUAUGGCUGUUCCAUUAUUUCCCUCUCUUCUGGAUCAGCGUCCGGCUGGAAGGAGGACGUGACAGGCCCCCCCCUCCCCCAUUGUGUGGGGUUUCUGUAGCGCCUGCCGAGACGGGACCCCCCUGUGUCAAUCCCGCCGAUAUACAUCGAGAUAGGAAGGAGGGGAGGGACGGCUCCGAGCUGUGCUUAUCCGGCUACUGUGCGUUAUUUUACUUUUAGAGCAAAUUAGAAAUUUUAAUAUUGUCA